UAAACAUAGAUAGAGUGCGAUACAUACUUAUUAUAUUUCCCCCCUUACACGUGUUACUCCUAAACCUUACAAUACUAAGGCACUAUAGUCUAUAAUACAUCUAUAGUUUUAUUAAUAUUAGAAUGAGAGAACUUCAAUAAUAUGUUAAUUUGUUGUUAUUUUUUUAUCAAAAUGAUAAUGUCUGUAAACUGUGUAGCAAUUAAAUGAGCGAUUACGAUUUUGAUCAAGUUUGUGUUUUAUAUUAAUUUUGUUCUACAGUCUUGGUUAUUGUUCUUUUAUUUGUUAACAUUUGAUUUCUUCAAUCAGUAUUUAAAUCGGAAAAUAUUCAUCUAACUUUCCAACUACAACACUAUCAAUGAUUAUCUUAACCAAAUGUUUGGUACUUAUAUUACUAUAGGUACUGGAAUAUUGUAUAACUUACCUAAUAGCAUUUAACAUAAUGAGAGCAGGUUCUAUUAAUUAUAAUCAUUAAAAAAAAUCACAAUUUAGCAUUGUUGCUGUGAAUUAAACCUCUUAAGUUUGAAUGAUUAGAUAUUAAAAUUACAAAUACAUUUUUUUUAAAUUACAUAUUAAUAAAAUCCAAUAAGUAUUAAACAUCAAUAUGGACACAAUGUACUCAAAUAUUGACUUGGCUUUAUUUCCAAAUAAACAAAAUAAAAGUAUCGAGGACCGAGUAAAUAAAAACUCCUCAAAAAUUAUUCUAUCAAAUUUUACAGAUGAAACAAUUACUAGUUUUAAUAAAUGUACAUUAAAAAGAAAUCAAAAUAUACAAUUUCAUAAUACUAAUAACAAUUUUUGUAGUGUUAUUAGUGCUCCUUUAAUAAUUAAAAAAAAUACAAUUAAAAGUAAAAGUAAUUUAAAUAAUGAUGAUUAUAUUAUCACAGAUAAUAAAACUGAUAUAUGUAAAAACAUUGAAAAUAAUGAAAUUCAUACUAAAACACACAACAAAAACGUUCACCUAAAAACAACAAAUAAAAAGCAAAAAAACAUAUCAUUUUCAAAUGAAAAGCUAUGGGAGAUUAAUAGAGUUAAUCAAAUUCUACAUAAUAAAAUUACUAAUGGAGUGAAACCUACUUAUACGAGGAUAAACCCUUCUAUAUCAUUAGUUAAAGCCACAUCAACAAUUAAUCGAGAGAGAAAAAAUAAGGACAUUGUUAAGGAGAAUGAAAUUCUAGCCAAGAAGUUGUGGAAUGUAAAAUCAACUAUCUUUAAGUAAAUCAAAGUUUUUAAUUCAAUAUUCUUGAUUUUGUAAACAAGACUAAAUUUAUAAUUUAUUUUGUACGAGUUAUUUUA